UUCGCCUCAUUCUCCUCUACCGCCUCGAUCCCCGCCUCAAAUAUCGUCAGAGAGAGAAAGAAGUACUCCCAGCAUAUUUCUGUCCUUUAAAUGUUUGCUUCAAGCGGCUCAUAAGAGCGCUCAGUCUAUCUUUAUAAGUCAAUGGCUUACCCUAGCCGAUCGGAUGUGUCGUAUAUAUUUCCCCAAAUGUCAAAGUCCAUGUAUCUCUAACGCGAAAAAGGGCUUCACGGUCCCAUUCUAUACACAAUUCUGAAGGAAAACACUGCAACACUAUUUCAUUUGAUGCAAAAAUCAAGAAAUGGCGGAAAUUAUACGAAUUUGCUAUUAAAAUUGCUUAAAGAAAUGGCACGGAUUCUACAAAAUCGCAAUAGUAAAUUCGUAGAAUUCAUGCGUCUAAGGAAAAUGCAUUGGAGUGUUUUUGUUCAGAAUCGGAUAUAGAAUGGAGCUGUUAAGCCCUAUUUCACGUUCACAAUACGCACAACGUCGAAAUCGACUACGGCACCCCCUUAAGAAUAGAUGGGUAACCAGCAAUGAAUUUCUUGGGCUGCUAACUGUGCUGUGUAAAUAUGGUGUGAACCACGUGUAAACUUUACACUAAACUUUACCUCCGUAUUUUCAAGUUCUGUUUGUACUACACGUGCAAAAUUUCUUCAACUUGCAUAAUGACUACGCCGGUCUUAUCAAAGAAGCAACAAAAAAAAGCAUUAUCCGGAAAGAAAGCUCCGGUUAAAGGGUUGAGAAAUGUCUUGGCCCAACCUUACGAAUUUUGUUGGCCAAUUCUAAGAACCGACAUUGGGGAUUUAAAAACUUUGCUGGAAACAACCAUGCCAGCCAUCAGACGACCACCACUCAAUCUACCAUGGUCACAUUUGGGCAGGAUGAAAAAGGCGGAAAGACAAGCAGCCAUGGAGGAAGCACGAAGAAAACUGGACACACCUCUACCAGAUCAGAAUAUGCUCAACAGCAUCGUCAUCGGUGUUAACGAAGUUACACGAUUAUUGGAAAGAGAUGAUGCAUGUUGUGUAGUACUGGAAUCUAAUGUCGAGCCAAUGCUUCUCAUAAAGCACAUUGUUACCAUGGCAGACUUGAAAAUUAUCCCAGUAAUUCUUGUCCCUUUUCUGAAAAGUGUGAUGCUAGAAACAAUUGGAUUUGCUUGUGCUGCUAUUGCUUUAAAGAUGGUAGCCCAGUCAGAAUAUCAUCAUUUCCAUCUUUUGUACAAAAAAGUAUUUGAAUUGUCAACAAACUUCCCCAGGAAUCGACCGCUCAAAUUGGAGCUCCAAAAACCCAUUGAUAGCAAUUCAUUCAUAGAUGAAAAUAUUAUGAAUGUUGAAAAUUCUCACCAUAAACACACUGCACAUUCUGAUAAACCGUUUACUCUGUCAACUGAUGUAUAUAAGUACAGAGAUUCACAGAAACAGAGGGUAUUUGUACCUGAAAGUUCAAAUACAUCUGAUAUUGUUACAGAAAGUUCAGACAGUAAUUAUAUAAGCAUAGGCAGAGAUAUAGAUUUUGCAAUGAAUGAUGUUGUUUGUAUAAAAAAUAAACUGAAAACUAGGUAUGUCGAUAUACACGAGAAUAAAAGGAUGGACCUUUCAAAUUUGAAAGGUGGUAGUUCACAGCUAGAUGAAUACAUGUCCCUGGACCCUGAUGCAAGGUUAUGUGGAUCACCAGUUGAUCAAGUGUGUGAAAUGCACAAUGAUUCCUCAUGUGAAAGAAAAUCUAAAAUUCUAGGUAUGAGUCAAGAGAUCUCAAUGAAUUUCAAGAGUGAUAAGACACAUGUAAAAUCCGAGAAAUUCAGUGAAAACGUCAGGUAUAAGUCGCUCAAAGUUAAACGAAUUCAGGGAAACUUUAAACGAGUUAAAGCAACUAAGCUGCCUAAGAAAAAUAAGAAAUAAAAUCAGUUGACUUUUACAAUCUCAUUAUCAUUGACUCUCUCUUUAGCUUCAAGAAACAUGAAACUUCAUAUGUGUAUAUCUGUAUCAGUUAUUUUAUUGCCAAAAGUAUGUUUUCCCCUGUGUAGGUCGAAAAUUAAUUUUAAACUGGAAAUUUAACUCUAUCAAAUGAUAGAUAACGCUAAGUAGUGUAACAAUAUGUCUUUCUGACGUUAGAUGAUGUGAAAAACUAAUAAAAUAAGAGCAUUAAUCAGUUUUGGUUGAUAAAUCAUGUAUUAACAUCCGUCACUACAAUAAAAAAUGUGCAUUGCCUUAAAAUUCCUCGAGUACUACUCUAUGAAUGACUCGAUUCUAACAUCUAUCAAACAAGUUUGAAUUAACUAUUAAAAAUUACUUAUACACGAAACAUCGAAAUAAACCUAUAAUGAAAAAAUUGUGCCUUUGGCACAUAUAUAUGGUGGUACUUUUUUUAAUGACAAUUCGUCAUUAUAUUCAUUUUCACAUUUUUAGUAAUAUCAACUAAUAUUGUAAAACAUUUCAUGUCGCAAUCCAAUCUUGAAAUUAUCGUUAAUCGCAGAGAAAAUACACAUAAACAAUUUUAAGCAAAAAGCGGGAAUGUAGAUAUGUAAAGCUAAUAUAACAAAAUCCAUAUAUUUGUGCCCCAUAA